AUGACUACUGUUGAAAAAAUCAAAGCCAUCGAAGAUGAGAUGGCGAAAACCCAAAAGAACAAGGCCACAUCCUUCCACUUGGGUCAACUUAAAGCGAAGCUAGCAAAGCUUAGGAGAGAAUUAUUAACAGACGGAGGCUCAGGAGGAGGAGGUGGUGGUGCUGGUUUCGAUGUUGCAAGAACAGGUGUAGCAACUAUCGGGUUUGUUGGAUUUCCAUCGGUUGGUAAAUCAACAUUGUUAUCAAAGUUGACGGGGACACACUCCGAGGCAGCUGCAUAUGAGUUCACAACCUUGACAACGGUGCCAGGAACAAUUAAAUACAAAGGUGCAAAGAUACAAAUGUUGGAUUUACCGGGUAUCAUUGAAGGUGCUAAGGAUGGUAAAGGUAGAGGUAAGCAGGUUAUUGCAGUUGCCAGAUCAGUCAAUCUCUUAUUUUUGGUGUUGGAUGUGAACAAGCCAUUGCAACAUAAAAGAAUCAUCGAGCAUGAAUUAGAGGGUAUGGGGAUUAGAAUCAAUAAAGAGCCUCCAAACAUUGUCAUAACAAAGAAGGAAAAGGGAGGUAUAAACAUUACAAAUACCGUCCCAUUGACCCAUUUGGACAACGACGAAAUUAGGGCAGUCAUGUCGGAAUAUAAAAUCAACAGUGCAAACAUUGCUUUCAGAUGUGAUGCAACAGUCGACGACUUGAUUGAUGCUAUAGAAUACAAAGCCAGGAAGUAUAUUCCUGCAAUCUAUGUUUUAAACAAAAUUGAUUCGUUUUCGAUUGAAGAGUUGAACUUGUUGACAAAGAUCCCAGAUGCCGUUCCUAUAUCUUCUGGCAAUGGGUGGAACUUGGAUGAUUUAUUGGAAGUUAUGUGGUCGAAACUAAAGUUGGUAAGAGUUUACACAAAGCCCAAGGGGAAAUUACCAGACUUUAAUGAACCGGUUGUUUUGAGGAGUGAUAGGUGUACUGUGGAAGAUUUCUGUAACUCAAUUCACAAGUCAUUGGUUGAAGAUUUCAGAAACGCAUUAGUUUAUGGAACAUCAGUAAAGCAUCAGCCACAAAUUGUCGGUCUCAGUCACGUGCUAGAGGAUGAAGAUGUGAUUACUAUUUUGAAAAAGUAA